CUAGAAUUAGACUCCUUUUUACUGACCGCAGUGUCCCAUGUUGUUUUUCCUUAUGUGUCUUCACCUUUCCUUUUCCUGAUUCGGGAGAGAAUUCGUAGGUUCAUUUGUUCUCAAGCUUUAUCAACUGAAACAGUUUUUAUAGAGUUUUGCAGCACUGAAAAGCUGAUCUCAUCCAGGCUGUGCAUUGGGGAGAUCGCUCUCCAUGCCUCACUGCUGCUCACGGGGUCUCUGCCGACACCGUCGUGCCAGCUCGCUCAGCGCUUUUCUUCAUGCCGAGCUCCGGAAACAAGAAAAGCUGCUGCUGCCAUUUUUGUCCUUCUGUGCGCACCAUGGCUGGCUAAAAGCGGCCAAACAAACGAAGUUCAUUGCGAGCCACGCUGAGGCAGCAAUGGCUGCGCAGCGUUGGUCACGCUGAUUUUUCAGCCCCGCAGUCCCGGCCCCGUGGCCACUCCUGGACUGGGCUGGUGGCAGCCACUGCCAGCCCCCGGCCGCUCCUGGCCUCGGGGCCGCUCCCAGCGCCGAUGCAGCCCCCGGCUGGCACGGCCCGGCAGUGCUGCAGGAAAAAGGACCGGCGGGCUCUGCCGAGAAGGGGCCCGGCCCCGCAGCGAAGGGGCCCCAGCCGCCCGUCAGGACGGGGCCCGGUGCACUCCCCGCUGAGGGGCUCGGCAGCCCGCCCACAGCCCCUCAGGGAGCAGAAAAUCUCGGCCGGGCCCGUGGGGCCGGCCCAGCCCGGCCGCGCAGGGCCGGCCCGACCGGCACCCAGUUACCUCUUCCGAAGGCAAGAGAGAUUUCCCGGGCUUGCCUGUCUUUAAAAUGUGAAUCUCACGGAUGUGGACCCAGCUUUUAAAUGGUUCAGCCUGGCGGAAGCGCUGGUUCGUGCUGCGCAGGGGCCGUAUGAGUGGGAACCCCGAUGUGCUGGAAUACUACAGGAACAACCACUCCAAAAAGCCCAUCCGCAUCAUAGACCUCAAUGAAUGCGAAGUGCUGAAGCACUCAGGGCCCAAAUUCAUCAAGAAGGAAUUUCAGAACAACUUUGUCUUCAUUGUGAGAACCACCUACCGCACCUUCUACCUGGUAGCCAAGACUGAGGAGGAGAUGCAGAUCUGGGUGCACAAUAUCAGCCAAAUCUGUAACUUUGGACAUCUAGAAGAUGGCACAGGUUCUGUGGAGAGCCUAUCUCACACGACCUCGUCCCCACAGCCCUCACCGGCCGCCUCCACCCACGCCUCCCGCAUCGCUGACCCCUCCUUCUCAGUUGACCGCGCUGCUGCUGAUGCUGCUGCUGAGGAGACCCCCAGUGAGUCCGAGUCAGUCUUCCUCCCUGACUACCUCUUCCUGUCCAACUGUGAGUCGGGCAAGCUCAGCCACAACAGGUGUGACAGCUGGUCAAACUCAGACAGAUCUUUGGAGCAAACAUCAUCAGACGAUGUUUUUGUUGACUCCUUGCAACCACCGCCCUCCUUGUACCUUGUACAGCCAACCAGUGCUGGCACUGUGCACCAGGUCGGAGCCCCAGUAGCAAAUUCCAGCAUCGUGUCCAGGAACACAGAUAUUAGUGGGUCAUCCAGUGACUUUUCCUCCUCUUCUCCACUGCUGGGGAAGCAACUGACACCAACGUUUCAGAUUGACAAGAGCCAAAAUGCGCUGCCCUAUGGUGUAACCCAGCUGGAUGUGCUGUCCAACACGCCCCCACCGCGGCCGCCCAAGCCAACCCACUUCUCAGACAGGAGAGGAGGUGAGGUGGGCAGCGGAGCCCUCCAGAACGGGCACACAGGGAUCUGCCAGGCUCAGGUCACUCUGGUGCCCAGAAGGAUCUCCUUGUCCAGCUUGGACAACAUGAGGAGCUGGAAAGAUAUGGAAGGCAGUUCCCUAAGAAGUCGAGAGAAGAGGCUUAGCUUGAAUUUGCCGUGCCGGUUCUCCCCACUGUACUCGACGGCUGCGGACAGCACGGAGGACAGCUACAUGCCCAUGCGCCCCAGCACCUCUCCCUCCGCGCCCAGCUCCGACUGUUCCCCUGAUGGCUACAUCCCCAUGAGCCCUGGCUCAGCCACCUUCACCUUCCCUGUUGUCAGCACUGAAAAACUCACCAGCCCAUUGCCUGAGCUUCCCUCCAACAUGGAGCCCCCUCCAGUGAACCGAGACCUCAAGCCUCGUAGGAAGUCACGACCACCUCCUCUGGACUUGAGGAAUCUCUCCACAAUUCGGGAGCAUGCUGCCGUGACCAGGAUGUGGACUGUGCCUUACAAUCGAAUGAGCUUUAUCUCACCAGAAAGAGACGGUAUUAAUUCAGCAAGAAUAUUUGCCAAUUCAGUUUCCGGAGAAGAGGAAGAAAGUUACAUUCAUAUGGAACACAGACAGGCCACAUCUCCAUACAGUGGUGCUUUUCCAUGGACAAGGAAAUCUAACCUUGAUUACUUAGCACUGGAUUUUAACUCUGCUUCUCCAUCCCCUGUGCAGAAGAAACCUUUUCUGUCUGAGGAACAGAGAGUGGACUAUGUCCAGGUAGAUGAACAGAAGACUCAAGCUUUACAGAACACUAAGCAGGAAUGGACAGAUGAAAGACAAUCAAAAGUGUGAAGGAAGAAGAUUUGCAAUCUGGAGGGGUUUUUUUUUGCACUGGAGCCGCAAUGUUAAUGGAGCAGCUAGGACAGUAGAGCUCAAAGAUGCUUAAAAUCUGUUGAGGCAUUUUUACUGGAAACCUUUGAUUUCAGCUGGAAAAAGUAAGUUGUGGGAGUGAGUGGUUCACUGAUGUCUAAAGUAAUGCGUAAGCCUUUUUACUACCCUUACCAGUAUGGUACAUGGUACAAUUUUCUGGCAUGAUUCUGCAACGAUUCAUAUACUUAACGUUCACAAAUUCACUACAAGUUGUAUUAAUCUAGUUUGUCCUGCCUUCUCCUUCUGUCGCUUAAUUCCUAUUAAUUCCUCAAACUAUUUUUUGAUACCCCUACAAAUGCUGCAGGUGCUCAGAGUGCUUUUAUGGCAGCAAGCAUCUGACAGGUUUUGGUGACUAAUCAACUAAGGGCUAAAAUAAUGAAACAAUAAAAAAAACCUUUUUUGAAUAUAUAGUGCUUAAGCAAAGAGAAGUUUGAAAAAUAUUUUUCCCCUGGGUUUAAAAGGUCUGGCUGUGAGCUGAUGCAGUCAGAACUCAAAAAAGGACUACACACCCAUGCAACUGGAAUGCAUGGUCUUUGACCAUCUGGGUGACAGUCAUUGUAUUAAGCUUCUUCCCUCCAUUGUGGCUCAUACUUGUCACUUUUCUGUCUGAUUCCUACUGAUAUUUUCUCCCCUGUCUUGGAAAGUGUCUUUGGCACAGCCCAACUGCUCUUCUAGUAGGAGGCUGUAGCCACACAGCUCUUGGAUGGCCAAAAAAUAGAAAGGGAAGCUGUGAGCCUGUUUCUGCAAGCCUUGAGAGAACUGGCAGAGGAUCAAGACUACUUUCAUCUGAACAGCAGAAGAAAUGCCAUUGGAAUUGCUGGUAGCAGUCAUCAGUCUGAUUGUUUCACUAGACCCACCCCAAAAUAAAAAGAGCAUUAGGAAGUUUCAGUGUGCUCUGCAAGAGGCCAAGAGCCUGCCAAAUCAGGACAACAAUGCACUCAUGCAGCAUGAGGACAUCUGGGCUCAGGAAGCCUAUCUACCUUGGGACUUGUUAUCGGCACUAUCUCAGGAUGACAUAUCUGUAUAGUUUAUAAAAUAUUUAACUUCAAAUGCUUGGCUGUGGUCUUUAUUUUACAGUGGCACAUGGCCACUUGAUUCAUGGAAGUAGGCAGUGACACAGAGUGACCCACACUGGGUUUGGUCUCACAGGCUUUGCUCCUGUACACGAGUCCCAGUAGCCAUAAGAGGUCUGAUCCUGUCAACAUGGAUAGACAGACAGGACCCUUACAAAAAAUUUCUUCUCUGACAAUGCCAAUUUGCUGGCCUCCCCUUAUGUGCCUGUUGUUAACACGUUGCAUUGCUGUAACCAGACAUCCUAAAAAUUCUGAACUACCAAACAGAGGUCAUAGAAAUGUCAUUGCAGAAACCACUGUCAUUUGAAGGCUCCUACUCAACUUCUUCCCUACACCCUAUCUGCUCCAAUCAUUCAGGCACUCUGGGAGGCUGAGUCGCUCGUCCUGUGGGAGAAGCAGCGUAGCUAACAGAAAGUUUUCCUCCUACCUCAAGUGAGCUGAAGGGCUUGCAAGUCUCACUGCUUCUUUAGCCCAGCCCCUGGGGAUCUAUGGUGACCAGGAUCUCACUAGGUUACCCUGCAAGAACAAGGUUCACCAGCACCUUCACUGACUGGGGCAAACUGGGCACCCAGGCCUGUGGGCAUGAAGUGUCCUGGACUAGAGCUGCUUGGAAUACUGGGGUUGGUCCUGCAGAUAGCUGACCUGCUGUUCCAUCCUACUUUGCUCCUCCCCUUACUCACCAAAGCUCUCAAAUGAAAGUCGAUGUUCAUAAAAACUUUGAGAAUAAUUCCAACUUUUCCUUACAUAUCUUGUCUGUCUGGUGCAAAAUUCAGUUUGUCAAAACCCAGUUGAUUUGUCCUCUGAUUUA